UGAAGUGUUACACGCUAAAGUGUCCGGCCAAGGUUGACAACAGUAAUGGAGUUCAGACAGAGCAAAAGCAGAGGAGGCAGCUGGAAAAGAGGCGGCCGCGGGGGAACCGACGGAGAGAGUUCAGGCGGUGAGCACCGGGGCAGAGGGAGAGGAGGGCAGACCCGAGGCCGGGGGAAAAGAGACCAUUACCGGGGCCGAGGACGCGGGGGAAGCGGCCCGUCGGCGGAGCUCCAUCCCCGGGAUCACGAUGCAGGGGAAUACUUUCAGGAGGAAGACAACAGUAUGGAAGUUUUCUCCAGGAGGAAACUGGAGUCAAACUGGGAUCGUUACGAGGCGUCCGAGCGUCAGGAGCCUGACGAUGAAACGCCCGCUCAGAGGGGAACAGACUACCACGUCCUGAUGGAGUCAGCAGGGGAUUCCUUCACUCAAUUCCGGUUUUCCGAAGAAAAGGACUGGGAGAUGGACUCAUCGGCAGACAGUCAGAUGUCUGCAGUGUUCAUCGACCUCCCGGCGCUCGCCCAGAUCCUCCAGCAGGUGCCUCUCCAUCAGAGACUCCACCUGGAGGAGGAGCUGCUCCAGGUCACGACCCCAGUGGAGCUGCCUACAAUGACCUUCACUCACAAACAGGAAGUUCCCAAAAUGGCCGCCUUCACUCCUCCGUCUGCAGCGCUGAAAGUCCCCUGCUCCGACCAGAAGGUCCCCGUGGCGACACACCCAGCGACGGCCUCACACUCGCAGGUUCCCUCGCUGGUGGACGAUGAGGGUGAUGAAGAGCUGGACCAGCUGCUCGGUCUACAGAAACCAGUCUCAGGAAACCAGUCCGUCAGUUUGGAGGAGGACAGGAAGGUUCCAGAGAAAGAAUGUGAGGAAGUGAAGGAGGUAAUACAAGAGAAGAUCGUAGAGGUGAAAGAGAAAGACGUCACACCGCCUAAAUCUGCAUCCGUCAAGCAGGAAAUGACGGAGGACGACCUGGAGGACUGGCUGGACAGCAUGAUCUCCUGACCAAUGAAAGGACUUAAGAUGGACGAUGUAUAUAAAAAGGGAAAUGGACUUUAAUUGUCAGCCUGAAAGCUAUUAAAACAUCUGUGUGCUGGACAGAUGUUUGUACAGUCAAGUUCCAGCUUCUUACUUUGCUCUUUGCUGAAUGAAAAGAGGCAGUUUGUUCAUUAGUUACCAUGACAGUAUUUCAGGUGUAGAGACAGGACAGUAUGUCUUUCUAAAAUGUGUCAAAAUGUUCCUUUUGCACGUCAUGUUUCAGAGAAAGAAGUAACACAAAGAGACAGAUGGGACACGGGGCUUUAUUGCGUCAACUUCUUUAUUCAUUUCCUCCCCCUCAUCAAAAGAAAUGCAGAUUACCAAAGCUACUACAUACAUAGAAAUGUCAUUACAAUAGCAGUGAACUGUUUAGUCGUCAAUAAAUACUUGAACCAAGA